UGGGAAAACUUGUUCGAGUCAAGGGAAUCCAUGGACCUUGGGCUGCAAGAUGGAGUUCGUUGGGAUGAGCAAAGGUUUGCAUUAGCGGUAUUUUGUACGCAGUAGUGUUUUGAGUUCUUUACGCCUCUGCCGUUUAGCCGUUCUGGCUUUUGCCAGUGUUUCUGGUCUAAUUCCAGUACGAAUCCUCGGUUCUAAUAUAUUUCUUGGCUUUCAAGAUCAUGUACAUGAUUACUUCUAUAUUGUGUAGAUCGGCCUAGCACAAUUGUUCUCGUUACCAACACACUGGGUUGCCAUUUCUCGUGUAUCGAGCGACUUCACGCAGACUCAUUCUGUGUUGAUAGUCGUGCAAGUCCCUCCCUUCUACAUGCCACCAAAUCUCUCGCCCGCUGGGCCAGAUGAGGACCCCGGACCACCUGCGGCCACAUCACCUCGUCACCACGACGAUGUCAUCACGCCGGUCCGCGAGUCGCACGGCCUCAUCAGCGACAAGACGGAGAGGAGGUUUACAGAAAAAAGAGAAGGCCAAGAGGAAGUAUCGGUCCACGACACGAGCUCGGAAGGGCGUCGAAAUGGACGACAGAGCGAAGACAGAAACGACGGUACCAGCAACAGCAACAGGUGGCGUGGCUACAUCAAAAGAGACGGCAAGUUGAGGCCAUUCAGGCUACUCAAAGAGGAUUUCAGCAACUUCAGAUUGAGGUACCUCUCUGACUGGACCGUCUUCAACCAGCUUGUUCUGGCGAGCGCGGUAUACGUCUUCUUCACCAAUAUCUUGCCUGGCAUCACGUUUGCGAGCGACUUGUAUGUCUUGACAGGGGAGUCGUGGGGCACGAUUGAGGUAGUGUUUAGUACUGGGCUUUGCGGCAUCAUCUUUGCCUUGUUCUCGGCUCAACCAUUGACAAUUCUUGGUGUUACGGGGCCGUUUUCGGUGUUAGCGGAGAACAUUUACACACUAUGCGAGAAUUCGUUCAAGAUCCCCUUCCUACCAUUCAUGGCCUGGUCCCUGAUCCACUCGGGCUGGAUGCACUUCCUCCUGGCCAUCUUCAACGCCCACGACUACACUAUGCAAUACGUCACCGACUUCAGCGCCGACAUCUUCUCCCUCCUCAACAGCGUAAUCUACUUCCACAAGGCCAUCAGGGAGCUUCAGCGCACCAAGGUAGCCGUCUCCCUCGCCGCCUUCCUCUACUCCAUCAUCGGCGCCGCGGGCACCUGCCUCCUCGCCAUCGCCCUGUCGACGGCCGUGUCGUGGAAGCCGCUGUUCCACAGGUACGUACGCAUGGGCCUGACCGAGUACGCCGCCGCCAUAUCCAUCGUCUUCUUCAUCGGCAUGCCGUACGUCGGCGACUUGGCGACCCUCGACCACAACAGGCUCGAGGUCUCCACGUCGUUCCGGCCGUCGUCCCCGAGCCGCGAGUACUUUUUCGUCGAGUUUUGGAAGCUCCCCAUCGGCUGGAUCUUCAUCGCCAUCGUCCCCGGCAUCAUCAUCACCGUCCUCUUCUACUUUGACCACGAGAUCAGUAGCAUCAUCUGCACGGCCAAAAGGUACGGCACCCAAAAGCCCGGCGGAUACGCGUGGGACGUCAUGCUCCUAGGCAUCACGACAAUCAUGUGCGGCAUCCUCGGCAUCCCGCCCGCCAACGGACUCCUCCCGCAGGCGCCGCUCCACUCCGAGUCGCUCAUGUACACCGUCUACGAGGAUCCGCCGCACGUCGCCGAAGAAGUCGAGGAGGAAGGGCCCGGCGAGGGCCCCCCCGCGAAGCCCGUCCAGCGCGUCCACGAGCAGCGGUACUCGGCCUUCCUCCAGGCGGCGGGUAUUCUGCUCUUCGUCUCGCCGCCGUUCCAGCACGUGCUGGGCUUCACGCCGACCUCGGUUCUUGCGGGCCUCUUCAUGUUCAUGGGCUUCCAGUCGUUGUCCGUGAACCCAAUCCUGACGAGGAUCUGGCAGCUCCUGACGCCCAUCUCGGAGCUGCCUGCCUUGCCUCAUGGCGCCAGCUGGAUGGGGAUCCAUUGCUACACGCUUGCGCAGAUUGUGCUUACGGGUAUAGUCUUUGGCGUCACGUUGACUGUUGCCGCGCCCGGGUUCCCUAUCAUCAUCAUCAUUCUGGUGCCUGUGCGGCUGUUCUUUAUGAAUAAGAUUUGGAGCCGGCAGACGUUGCGGUACGUUGAUGGGUGGGCGACUCGGGAGGGCAAGCCGGAGGAUGAUGAGAGUGAUCAGCGCCGGGAGGGUUUGGUUGCGUCGAGUGAGACAUCUAGACGGGUUCCUGAUGAGGAAAAGGGGUCCAAGACGGGGUGAGGGUUGGAGGUUUCUCCUGGUGAUAGGUUAGCACCAGUGGUGUACUUCCUUAUAUAUUGUACCGCUCUCCAUUCACGUUAGUGCUGGUACCUUGUAUUUGUG